AUGGAGAUGUUCAAGUGCAAGAUAAAGAGCAGGACAAUUAAAAAUAAAGUUGGGGAUGUUAUUCAACAAACACUAGUCUGCUUUAGAGAGGGUAAAAGGAAAGACUAUGCUGGCCAUGCUGGUGAAAAGAGAAAGCAGUUUCCGAAAAAAGACACAAGAUGUGAGUGUAAGGCUCAUUGCAUGCUUCAUGUUCUGAAGGUGGACAACCGUUGGCAUGUUAAAUCUGUUUGUGAUGAGCAAAAUCAUGUACUUGUUGGAGAUGAUUUGAUUGGAUUGGCACCUGCCCAUCGGAGAAUGGACGAGGCUGACAUUACUCAGUUGAAUUGCUAUAGGAUGUCAGGAAUCAGCACUCCAAAAGCUUAUGGUGUGUUUGCCAACCAGAUGGGUGGAUACCAAAAUGAGAAAGAUGCUGACCUGAUUUGGAAACACACUUAUGAUGAGGAUCGAAGGCUAGACAAGUUAUUUUGGAGCGAUGGUUGCAGCCGUGACAACUAUUCAUUGUUUGGUGAUGUGUUGGCAUUUGAUGCAACUUACAAGAAGAACAAGUACAAGCGGCCUCUUAUGAUAUUCUCCGGGGUUUAUCCUCACAACCAGACAAUUAUAUUCGCUGCUGCUCUAGUUUCCAAUGAGCAAGAGGAUACAUAUGUUUGGUUGCUUCAGAAUUUGUUAGAUGCAAUGCACGAGAAGUUUCCAGUGUCAGUGAUCACAGAUGGAGAUCCAGCAAUUAAAAAGGCGAUAAGAAAGGUUUUACCAAAUGCUCAUCACAGGUUAUGUGCUUGGCAUCUUCUCCGCAAUGCAGUAAGCAAUGUUGUUGAACCAAAAUUCAUUCAAAUGUUCACUAGAUGCAUGCUUUGUGAUCUUGAAGUUGCAAAGUUUGAGAAAAAAUUUGCUGAAAUGGUUAUUGAAUGUGGAUGUCAAGACAAUGUGUGGGUUCAAGACUUGUAUGCGCAGAAGAAGAUGUGGGCUACUGCACAUAUGCGGGGUGAAUUCUUUGCGGGCUCUCGUACAACCUCUCGGGUUGAGGGAUUACAUGCCCAAGUUGGCAGAUAUCACGUUUUGAAGGAAAAUUGCAGGCGGAUGUGUAAAUCAGCUUGUAGAGCACCGAAGACAUUUCGGGAAACAAAUGAGAUUGUUUUGAAGCAAGCAAGAAAGAUGAAAAAGGGUGGUGAUGGAGUGAAACAACCUGAACCAAUCAUGGCUAAUGAUCCUGAUAGAUACUUGCGUGACCCGCUCAAACACAUUAAAAAACACAUGGAUGGUGCACCUGGACUGUGUUGGACCAUUUAUGAAGUUGAAGUGCCUACUUGGAUACGGGCUGAAGUUGUAAGACCCUACUUUGAUGAAUAA